AUGACUCCGCUCAACACGUCGACUGAAGCGCGCACCGAGAUCCUCGCCGCGGCCGCCGACGGUCUCAACGCCCUCAUUCACUGGUCGAGUCUCGUGGGCGCCGUGGCACCCACGACAGCCAACGACACCGCCGAAGUCUGCCGCCUCGAGCUCGACUUGGGAGCCGCGGGUGCGUUUGACGAUGCCGCACGACUGUACGAGCUGCCCAACGACCCAGCCGCGGUACUCCACGGCCUCCACGUCGACAAGUCCCAGCCAUUGUACCAAUUCCAGGCUGACGGCAUGGCCAUCUCGCUGCGCUGGGGCGUCUUCAAGGCACCGCUCCCGUUCAUGCGCGACCGGUGCGCCACGUAUAUCGAGUGCACCAAGGAGUUUACGGAGGCGAGUGGUCGCCGCGGGUUUGCCCGGUACCUCCAGUCGCACGCCACCGGGGCUCUCCACGGCAGCAACGUGCCCGUCGACAUUCGGUCGUGGGGCGUUGUGCUCCUCGAGACGUCAAACCCAAGUGUGCUUCACGUGAGCAGCAGAGUCGACAUUGACUGGAGCAGCCACACACCCAAUUGGGUCGCGACCAUGAUGACGUCUCGACGGGCGCAGAGCGUCAAGCAGCUGCCGUCGGCGCUGCGGCUCGCCAAGAAGCUUACGCAGGCGCGGUGCGCCAUCUGCCUCAACAAGCCGUUCUUUCUUUCGCGCGAGUCGCAGCUCGCACCGUGCUGCGACUGUGCACGGCGCGUAUGCUGCAACUGCCGGGCGCUCGGGGCCGGCGACGACCAAGCCACGAGCUGCUGGGCAUGCGUCAGCGCCAAGGCCAAACGUCAUGCACACCGACCCCACAGCAAAUCCAUUGCCAUGCUCGAGGACGCACCGCAGACGUGUCGCCGCAAGACGCCCGUGUCCAGUAUCAAGACACCUGCGUGGUUUACGCCGCAGAACCACCGUCGCCAGAAAGAACCGCCGGUGGACCUCUCGUACCUCCCGCCGCUGUAG